AUGCACGCACACCUAAUUUUGGCGGAGGAAGAUCGGGAACGCCAUAAUGGCAGUGCUCCCCCUUUGAAUUUCUUGACGCUACACUAUUUCUAUUUCAUUGCCACUAGCAUUAUCACUAGUAUCAUCUUUUACUUGACAUCGACGCCAUGGCGCAACGUUUCCUAUGUGGACUCGAUUUUCAUGUGCGUCAGUGCUAUGACCGGUGCGGGAUUGAAUACGGUGGAUCUGUCAACUUUGAACAGCUUCCAACAAGCAGUCUUGUUCACCCUGCUUAUCCUAGGCCAUGCCAUUCUCAUCUCCCUCACUGUACUUCUAGUACGUAAGAGAGCAUUCGAGGCAAAAUUCAAGGGUGUCUCCGAUGAACGGGAAAGAGAGCGGUCUACUCGUAACCCCUCGGAAGUUGAACUACAGGACAGGCACCGGGAACCCGCUCACGGAAGCACCGGGAUCGAUCUCCCUAGCGAGAACACCGAAGGACAUGGCUGUGAAACACGCCCAAAGACAUUCAUCCAAGUUCAAUUGAAACCGGGGGAGUCAUCGCCCCCCAACGACGAACAGUCCUGGGUGGACGACGACCAAAUAACCAUCGGUGGCACACCCUGCCGUCACCAUCACCACCGAGUUUUCCCUAUGGCUGGCAUCGGGGCGAGACCGGAUCUGCAUAACCACCCCCGCGACGCAGCACCAAAUGUUCCUUUGGUCGUAAAGGAUUCGGUAUCUGGCUUCAAGGCAAUUCUCCGUGGUACACAGAAGUACAUGGCGUCCAAGGGCCUUGUGUCUCGCAACUCCCAGUUUCACGGUCUCACUCCCGCUGAGCGUGACGAAUUAGGUGGUGUGGAGUACAAGGCGGUCUCGUUUCUGUCUGUGGUUGUGUUCCUUUACUUCGUUUUGUUUAUCAUGUUCGGCAUGAUCGGUGUCGGUGUCUGGCUGGAAGUCAACGAUCCUGCCGUGACGCGCACGAACGGCCUCUCGCCUUUCUGGACCGGUGCUUUCUUUGCUGUUUCGGCUUUUGUAAACAGUGGCAUGUCGCUCCUGGACGCUAAUAUGACUGCUUUGCAGUUGCGGGCUUAUCCACUUCUCACAAUGGGACUGCUGAUUCUCGCUGGGAACACCCUCUUCCCAUGUUUCCUGCGAUUCAUUAUCUGGAUUAUGAGGGUCAUGCUUCCGGAUCGGUCGCAGUGGCAGUCGUGGCGCAUAACUCUUGAUUUCAUCCUGGAGCAUCCUCGAAGGGUCUAUACGAAUCUCUUCCCUGCUCGCCAUACAUGGUAUCUACUUGGCACGAUUAUCAUUCUGAACGGUAUUGACUGGGCGGCAUUCGAGGUGCUUUCUAUUGGAAACAAGGACAUUGAGAGUCUUCCUACCGAAUACCGUGUCUUGGAUGGACUAUUCCAAGCCCUAGCGGUACGCGCUGGAGGAUUCUACGUUGUGACCAUCGCAGAUCUUCGCCAGGGUCUCUUGGUUCUCUAUGUACUCAUGAUGUACGUCUCUGCGUACCCAGUAACGCUCACAAUGCGCAACACAAACGUUUACGAAGAACGCUCACUGGGAAUUUACGCGCACGACGAAUCCCUCGACUCACCGGCAAACACAAGUCGCAGCAACGUAGCAAUGGACCUAAUCCGACAGCACCUCGGCCGCCCAGGCCCGUCUGAGGCUUCGCGCGGCUAUUUCGUGCACCAGCAGCUCCGUUCCCAGCUCAGCCAUGACCUGUGGUGGAUUGCGCUGGCCGUGUUCUUUAUCGCCAUCGCCGAGUCCGACCACUAUGACUCCCAGCCCGUGGCUUUCUCUACCUUCAAUAUUAUCUUCGAGGUUGUCUCUGCAUACGGCUGUGUGGGUGUCAGCCUUGGGUUUCCUGAGAAGAAUUACUCGUUCUGUGGCGCGUGGCAUCCUAUUAGCAAAUUGAUUCUUGCUGCUGUCGCUUUGCGUGGUAGACAUCGUGGUUUGCCCGUGGCUAUUGAUAAGGCUAUUAUGUUGCCCAGUGAGUCUUUGGCUUGGGCUGAGGAGGAGGAUGCUGCUAUGCGGAGAGAUAGAUCUAGGGCUUGGGCUCAGGAGCAUGGGCCUGUUGGGUCUGUUUAA